UGUGUGUGGAGGGGUGUGUGUGCGUGUGUGUGGUUAUAUGCAUGUAGAGACGCACGCCUCUCUCUCCUUUAUUCCCUUUCUGCUCUUUAAGGGCUUUACCACUACAACCAACAUCCCAAAGCAGGCCACUCACCACAUUACCUCUGCUCUUUCGUCUCCUCCAAGACCAGUGCCUGGACUCCAGCGGCUUCAAAGGACAUCUCUGGAGGCAAGCAACUUUUUAGAAGAGUGAUAAAUGUUUGGCGUUUGCUCUUGGCUUUCCGGCCAGAGCUACAUGUGCUGGGCUGAGCGUUGGAGCUACUAUACGACGCAAACCUCUGUUUCCUGUGUGUGUAUGUUCUCUGUCUGCUUUCACACAAAACAGCAGGAGGAUAAACUUACCCCAAGAAGACUCUGGAUGCAAACGCAAACAGUAGGACUGGCCAGAUAAGGAGAAGUGAAAGUUUUAAACCAGACUGGAGAAACAGGAGUUGAAACCAGAAGAAAGUAAAGCAGAAGACUUGAUUCUACAGAAGCACAGAAGGAAAUUUCACUAAAAGAACACACGGAAGGGAAACCUAACUCAGCCACCCUAAAUAGGUGGUGAAGGCUCCUUUCCUCCCACCCCCCUCCCUGCUUCUCUGUUCCCCCCUCUCGCUGCAACAUGGGCCACCUCCUCUCUCUUACUCUCAUCUACCUGGCCUACCUGCUGGCCACAGGGAUCGCCUCCCAGCGUCAGCAGCACCGCGUGCAGCACGGCCCUUGCACCUACACUUUCAUUCUCCCAGAGGUUGAGCAAUGCAAGCCCCUAAAGGAUUUCCAGGUGACAAACACGCUGCAGAGAGACUCGCCACCCGAGACCGAGCCGGACAAAAGUCGUUCCAAGGACAGUUUAGCAGAAGAGGAAAGGCCUUCGUGGCAGCAGCAAAAGUUGGAGACUCUGGAGAGCGCCAUGGAGAAUAACACUCAAUGGCUGCAGAAGUUGGAAAACUUCAUCCAGGAGAAUGUACGCUCCGGUGUGGAGGAAAUAAAGAGGUCAACAGUCCACACCCAGACGGCCGCCAUGCUGGAGAUGGGAAACAACCUCCUCAGCCAAUCAGCAGAGCAGACUCGCAAACUCACAGAUGUUGAGACCCAGGUGCUAAACCAGACAAGUCGCCUAGAGAUCCAGCUGCUUGAGUACUUGCUCUUUACGAACCGCCUAGAGAAACGCAUUCUCCUACAGACCCAAGAAAUUUCACGCCUUAGUGAUAAAAACAGCUUUCUAGAACAGAGGCUCUUAGCGCUGGAGGCGCGGUAUGGGAAGGAGCUGCAGGACUUGCAGGGUGAAAAGCAGCAGCUUCAAGAUGUUCUGGAGAGGCAAAGUCGCCUGGUCAGCCAGCUCGAGGGUGAGCUCGGAAGCUCAACGCUCAACAGCACCACACUGCAGAGGCAGACAGACACUGUCGAGCAGCUGCUGACAAGAGUCAGACAAUGCAAUGAAAUCUCCAACUUGCCCAAAAAGGAGAGACGCGCUUUCGGGGACUGUGCAGAGAUUCUCCGAUCUGGGGCAAAGGAGAGCGGAAUAUACAGAAUACGACUGCACAACUCCACCCAGGACGUAAAGGUGUACUGCGACAUGAAGACCAGAGGUGGCGGGUGGACGGUGCUGCAGCAUCGAAGGAACGGCUCAGUCGACUUCCACCGCAGCUGGAACGACUACAAAAUGGGCUUUGGAGAGCCAUCAGGGGAACACUGGCUGGGAAACGAUAUCAUUCACAAGCUGACCAGCUCACAGGAAUACAGUCUGCACAUCCAGCUCCGAGACAGAGAGGGGAACGAAGCCUACUCACAUUACGACCGCUUUUACAUAGACAAAGAAGUCAACAACUACAGCCUUCAUGCCGACGGAUUCAGCGGCACCGCCGGCAAAACCAGCAGUCUCACCCACACUGGGAGCCAGUUCAGCACCAAGGACAGAGACAACGACCGCUGCACGUGCAAGUGCGCUCAACUCGCCUCGGGAGGAUGGUGGUUCGACGCCUGCGGCCCAUCCAACCUGAAUGGCAUAUAUUACCCCGUUUCAUCCAAUGUACUCCGCUUUAAUGGCAUUAAGUGGUACUACUGGAAGGGUCCAAAUCUGCUGGCUACCAUGACAACCAUGAUGGUGCGCCCUGCUGACUUCAGAUGAAAUUGCCGUGUAGCUCGAUGGAUCGUUGGGAACUUAAUGUUGCAGAUGAAUGUAAUUAAUCAACCAACGGCAAUGAAUAAAAAAUAUAUCGGGCCAAGAAGUCUUCCAACUUAGACCACCAUACAGUUUGUUCAUACGCUGAAAAGGGACUCAUACAGGUGUUUCUGAAAGAAUCAUUCUUCUGUCACCACAUUGGACGUUUAGUAAAGAUCUUCAAGAGCAACACCUCUGUUGUUUCAGACAUGUCAUGUUAGACUUUUGCUUUCACUUUACAAACGAGUGGAGUAGAUUUAUGCACUUAAACUUGGUUAAAUUUAGGAAUUAAAACAAUAUAUACGACUAGGAAAUGUAAAAAUAAUAAUAAUAAUAAGAAAACCUUUUUUAUAGACAGGAUUGAUAAAUCUUUUCAAUAAUGUGUGGCACUGUAACCAAAAUACUUGGAGGAAAUGCAGCAAGCAUGUUGAAAUGCUACAGUGAUAAAGAAUGUUGUGUAAUGGAGUACUGCAAAUAGGCCCAUUGGUUAGGUUUUGAAGUAAAAAUCACCUGGUUUUACAAGUGUAAUUGUAAAAUAAGAUACAUUUAAUUGCAACAUAAAAUGCCCAGUCACCAAACUGCUUGCUUAUGUUUAGGAUCUGAUGGGUUUUUAUCAUUUGAAAUGUUUCCGACACCUGGAAAACAUUGCAAAGGAGUUCAGGGAUUACAUAUUUUGUCUAAUGUAGUGUUGUGAGCAAAACAAAUGGUUAUGAUUGUGGAUUGAAAAUAAAGUAGAGGAAUAACAGUGGUUAAAAUGAAAGCAGAAAUAGAGAGAGGUAUUUUUCCAUGACGUUAAAUAGUGUGGCCAAAAUUUCUGGUAAGAUUUAGGAGUUCAAAUAACUUGGUUAGCCAUAUGAAACAGUGUAAAUAUUGUGAACGCUGUUGUGAGCAAAACAGUAAAGUUUAGGAACUAAAAUACGGUUCUCAAGGUAACCCUCAGAGUGUAAAGAUUGAGAUAUGGUGGUUUGUACACUGUACAGCACUUUGACUAAAAUAAAAAAAAUAAUAAUUUUGAAUAAAAAGAAUUAAACAGAUUAUUAAUGAAUACAAAGAUGAAGUAUUUCAUGUAAUGUACGAAAAUAUGAGGAAAAUACUUGCUUAAUUUUAAGAACCAAAAGAACCUAAUAUUUUGGAGAAAACAGUCCAAGUCUUUGGAGCGACAUUGAUCGUGUUUUGUGUUUGUGGAGUCCAAGCAACAUGUUUAGAUGUUGUAAAUAUUUUGUAAAUAUUUCUUAAAGAAUGCAUAUGGUGUCAUGCAGUGUAUUUUGAAGUAAGUGUUUGGUGCAGGAAACAAAUUGAGCUUGAUUAGAUGUUCAAAAGGAUUGCUUUUUGGACUUAAUACUUCAAAAAGUUACAACCAUGUGACAGUAGGACAUAAAACAGGUUGACAAGGUACAUUUUGGCAAAAGGUAAGAUGACUAAGACAGCUUACUAGAAAGAACGUGUUCAUGUGUCACGCUAAGUGGGGAAAAUAACCAAAUCGCUAACUCACAAAGAUAUGCUGUUGGAGUGAAAAGUGAAAUUUACAGGAUUUCAUAUUCUGAACUUUCUGUACAAUUAAAUUUAGGUAUGAGAAAUUACUAGACACAUGGAUCUUGUUAUCCCACUCAGAGCAACAGUGAUUUUAUCCUGCUGCUUUCGAAUGCAAUCAAUAACUUGCCUCCUAAAAUACCUUCAGGGUGAAGCUCUUUGAAAGUUUUAAGGCAGCAAAGUUUUAUUGAAUGCUUUGCGACAGUUUUUUCAGCAACUCAAUGGAAAUGUAUUCCAGCUUGCAGUUCAGCGGUUUAGCGUUGUUCAUAACAAACCCAUAAAGAAUGACAACUAUAACCGGCUUUGCCCCUUUACUCAAUCACCCAAAGGGUUUUUUUCUUUUCAAUAAAAUAUAUCUAACUCAUUCAACAUACACACCUCUCAUAAAACUUUAUUUGUUGGAUUUGUUCUGCUCAUAAAAGCACAUCAUUCGCUUUUGCUGGUGGGAUUUACUGUGUAGAAGGAAUCAUUUGUAAAAAAUAAAUAAAUAAAUAAAUAAAUAAAUAAAUAAAUAAAAACAAAACCA